CGAACCGCCAUCCCGCGGCCGAGAUUUGAACAUAGCCCGACGAGCCAAUAUGGCCGACGGACUGUCAAUCGGUUGACAUUUCACUCAAUCCUCGUCCACGAAAGGAUGCCAGCGAACGGUUGAUAUCCACGGACGGAAGACGUUCCGCGACCACUGAAAAUUAAUCGGAGGAGUGGCGGCGCAACGACUGGCUCGGAUACAUCGGUACAGUGGCUGACGAAAGUUAAGGUCCAUCGAUGACAGAGUACAGUCUGUAGCAAGACGUAUUAUUACGGUUUUCGAUCGUAACCGUGCCAAAGAGAUAAUUCGAGGGAAAAAAGAUUCUUGAGAGUCACGUUGCAAAAACGGGAAUACCAAAGGACGUUUUAUUCGAUCGAUUAAUGCAAAGUACAUUUAAUGUCAGCGUAAGAUGGGGAACUCUGGUUUGAAACAACAUUACCAGACCGCGAAGAAGACCGGCACGUUAAACAUUUCCCAGAGAAAGCUCGAUGAAUUCCCGCAGAACCUACGUGCCUUAGCACCGUUGUUACGUACGUUGGAUCUAUCCGAGAACAAAUUCGUUCGAAUACCCAGCGAUAUCGAAAGUUUUACGUUGUUAAAACAAUUAAAUAUUAGUCACAAUAAACUAACUGUUUUGCCGGAUGCUCUUGGGGCAUUGGUAAAAUUAGAAGGAUUAAAUGCAGCAUCGAACCAAAUCAAAAGUAUUCCAUGGUCUUUGCAAAACCUAACGCGCUUAAAGCAGGUCAACCUCUCUGGUAAUCAGAUUAUCGAAUUCCCCCUGAUGUUUUGCGAUUUAAAGUUCUUAGACGUGCUGGACGUCUCGCAGAAUCGAAUUACAACUGUUCCGGACGCUGCCGCGGCAUUGCAUGUGGUUGAACUUAACCUCAAUCAGAAUCAGAUAUCAACGAUUUCUGAGAAGCUGGCAGAAUGUCAGCGCCUGAAAACGCUAAGACUGGAAGAGAAUUGUUUACAGUUGAACGCUGUACCUAUUAAAAUUUUAAAAGAUUCAAAAGUGUCGCUGCUGGCUCUUGAAGGUAAUUUAUUCGAGAUAAAGCAACUCGCUGAUCUCAAUGGUUAUGAUAACUAUAUGGAAAGGUAUACUGCGGUGAAGAAAAAAAUGUUUUAAGGAAAAUUGUUAUUACAAAAUGGUAACCUUUUCAUGAAUUGAUUAAUGUGCGCGUAGGUUAUAAAUUAUACAAAAUGUUUGAUAACAAUUAUUAUACAAUUGUUUUGUAAUUUUUCAAAGACGCCACAAUGUAUUCGCGCAAUGAUUGUAUUGAACAUUAACGUUAUUGAAAUAAUGUAAUUUUAUAAACAAAUUAUCUCUAUUAAUUACGUUGAUGAGCCGAGGUAUUAUUAUUCUCCGCAAAUAAAUAAAACGAGUUUCAUUUUCAUAUAAAACAUUUAUUGAUAUUGCAUUCGAUAGAUGUAUAAUAAUUUUUUCGUACUAAACGAUAUCAAUUUUUCAUUUAGUACAAAAUACCGUACGAAAAUAUCGUCUAUUUUUUAUUAGUCAACUUUCAAAACAAUCCUCGGUUUACGUUCUGUAUUUCACCAAUAUUUCUAUACAUAGUUACAAUACAACAAAAUGUACAAAAUCAUACAUGUAUUAAAUAACUUCGUGAUCAGUUUUACAUUUUAAUUAUACCUUAAUUAAUUGCAUCUUUGAAAAAUCGAAGAAGGUUCACGUACAUAAUAAAUUUAUAUAGUACAAAAUAAAUCUUAUAUGUCUACAAACUGUGCUUUAAACAUUUUAGAAAUGUUGUAACCAUUUAUUGUAAUCGUUUGAUAUGAUUAUAGGCAUAUUUCCACCAGUCAAAUUUUAUGAAAAUAAAU